GCUAACUUUAACGCUUAAUUUUAAUGUUAUUAAGCAGCAGUCCCAAAAGAUGGAGUAGAGAGAGAAGAGAGAUAAAAACUCUUUCUCCCUCUUCUCCUUCUCAUCUCAUCUCCCUCACUCUUCAAUAAACACACUCACUUCCUUUCUCUCUCUAAAUUCUCUCAGUUCUUUCUCUCUCCUCACUACCAUUUUCAGAUUCUCCUAAUUCUUUCUCCCAUUCAACUUAGAUCUCAGAUUAAUUAGGGUUUUUCCUAUUUUUCCUCCAUUCCCCCAACUUUUAAUUCAUUAGAUAAGCAUUUUUCCAUUUUUGGGCGCGUUUUAGCUGAACCAGAUCGAAGAACAAGAAGCGUCGAAAAAAUGUGUGAAUGCAGAUAUAUUUCCGUCGAUUUUGAAGGGUUAAUAAUUAGUAAUUUUUUGAGUUAAUAAUGACGAUUAAAGUGGUCGUGAAGAACAAGAAGAAGGCGACGCUUUUGACCAAGGAAAGAGAAAAAAAGCACUCAAAUGAUGUCUCCCUUGAUAGGUAUUGUUGCUUGUUAUUGUCAAUGAAUUAGUGAGAAAAAUAAAGAUAAUAUCAAAAAGAAAAACAAAAAAGUUGGAAAACGAAAGCUACUCUUACUCAACCCAACCCAACCCAUCCCACCUCAUUUUUCUCUUUGAUUUUUAUUUUUCCGGUUUUUAAUUUUAGUUUAAGAAAAAAAAAAAAACUAAUCAUUUCUUGUUAAAAUAAAUCAUUUUAACAAGUAAAAUAGCAAAAUGCCUAUGUACCAACCAACGAAGGUGGAGGUGGGUGGUGGAGGUCAAGUUUUAGAUCUAGAUACGGCGGUGAAAGAUGGAGUGUUAGGCGGAGUAGACGACGGCGGGUUUUCGCCGAUGUCGGAGAAGCUGGAUCUUAAGAAGAUGAUUGAAGAGUUAGAGGCAAUAGAAGUGCCUACAGUUUUCAUAUGUCCAAUUUCAUUGGAACCAAUGUUAGAUCCAGUUACUCUUUGUACUGGUCAAACUUAUGAGAGGUGUAAUAUCUUGAAAUGGCUAUCUUUAGGCCAUUUAACUUGUCCCACUACAAUGCAGGAGCUUUGGGAUGAUUCAAUCACUCCUAAUAAAACUCUUCAGCAAUUGAUUUAUAGUUGGUUUUCGCAAAAGUAUAUGGCAAUGAAAAAGAAAUCUGAGGAUGUUCAAGGCCGAGUUUUGGAGAUUUUGGAGAAUUUGAAGAAAUUAAAGGGUCAAGCUAGAGUUCAAGCUCUUAAAGGGCUUAAGUUAGUUGUGGGUAAUCAUUUUUCAGCUAAGAAAACUAUGGUGGAUAAUGGUGGGGUUGCUUUUUUGAGUUCUUUACUUGGUCCUUUCACUUCACAUGCUGUUGGGUCUGAAGUGGUUGGGAUUCUUGUUAAUUUGAGUCUAGAUUUCGAGUCAAAGUCGAAUUUGACUCAACCCGCGAAGAUCUCAUUGAUGGUUGAUAUGUUGAAUGAGGGUUCUAUUGAAACUAAGGUCAACUGUACUAAGUUGAUCCAGGGUUUGAUGGAGACUAAGGAUUUCGACCCUGACCUGGUGUCAAGUUUGAGCCUCUUGGUGGGUUUGUUGAAAUUAGUUAAGGAUAAGCGCAACUCGAAUGGCAUUCAACUAGGGCUUUCGCUGCUCAAGAUGAUAAGCUCACACGAGUGCGUUCGAAGUUCGAUUGUGAGCAUUGGGGCUAUUCCUCAAUUGGUUGAUCUUUUGCCAAGUUUAAAAGCCGAGUGCCUGGAAUUAGCACUCUCCAUACUUGACAAUUUGGCUAGUAUUGAAGAUGGGAGAUUGGCCUUGAAAAAUUGUCCUAACACAAUACUAAAUUUGGUGAAGCUAUUGAUGAGAAUCUCCGAGAAUUGCACUCAAUUGUCAUUGUCCAUCUUGUGGGCAGUUUGCAAGCUAUCACCUGAAGAGUGUGCGCCUAUUGCAGUCGAAGCUGGCUUAGCGGCUAAGCUUCUGCUCGUCAUCCAGAGUGGUUGCAACCCAGCAUUGAAGCAACAAUCAGCCGAGUUGUUGAAAUUAUGUAGUUUGAAUUAUACUGCUACAAUUUUCAUUUCCAAGUGUAAGCUUACAAGAACAUUGCAAUGAAAGUAAAUGUUUGGCAGGCAGAAAAAAGUUAUUCUUGCAUACUUUCAUCUCUCAAAUCAUUCUUCAGCAAACAAAUUUGUUGAAGAUGUAAUGCAAAUAGAAAAAAAGCAAGUGGAAUGAGGUCUCUUAAGGAAUGUUGUGCAUAUAAGAGAGACCUCAAUCCAUGGAUCAGUUUGCAGCUUACAAGUGAUCCGGUUAUCAGGAAGCGCCAUAAACCCACCACUACUUCAGCUUCCGAAUUGAGCAAUAGCAGAACGAAGGUUCAUUGCUCGUUGAUUUGGUUAUUGUACCUGAUUUUAAUAAUAAAGAUCAGUGAUAGUGAUUCAGAUUAGGAUUAAGCUGUAAAGAUACAGGUGACUUUCAGAUUAAGCUGUAAAAAUUGGAAUUGCAAAAAUUCCAUGGUUUUUUUGUUUGUGGGGGUGAUGAUGAGACAAUUAGGUCUACCAACAUAGAAGUCUCCUCAUUCCUCAUUGAAGAAGGUUAGAUUCUGUAAAGAUAGUCUUCAACAUUUGAUCAGUUUAUGUACAAUUUCAAUCUUAUUUCUGAGAAUAUCAUUCAGAUUU